CCCGCGCGUGCGGGCCCUGCCCUGCCCCCGCCCCGGAAUCUGUCAGUGGUCUCCUGUGGAAGGUAGACUGCAGCCAGUAGGCUCCUGUCGGCCCUCACAGCGGCUAGGAUGAGGGAUGCCUCCCUAUUCCCUUCCUAACCCGUUGAGGGGAUUGAACUGGCCGGAAGGGGCCUUCCUCAGGAAGCGGCCGACCCCGGCCGCAGCCCCCACAGCAGCUCAUGGGAAAAAGAGAAUUGCCACGUACCAUUUGGUCAGGCCUCUGGAGCCCGGCAGUUUCCGACCCUGAUUGUACUUGAGAAUCCACAGGCCUCUCGCCAGAUGAUUCUGGUGUAUCGGAGGGGUGGGAACCACUGGGGAGGCCCUUUCUCAGACCGUGGGCCGGACUGCGUGGGCCACAGCACUUGGGCGGCGCGCCCGCUGCUCAGGAGUCGUGGGUGGCGGGGCGGGACUCACGCCCUUAACCGGUACCCGGUCCCUGGCAGGAGUUGCAGAGUCCUGGCCUAACACGAGCCUGGGGAAGACCACUGCUCUUCCAAAGGAGUUCUCCCAGCUCUUUAGAUGAAAUAUAAGGAAAAAGAAUACAGACAAGCAUGGAAAGUGAAGACACAAAGAAGAUACAAGAAAUGAAGACUGAUCUGAACUUACUAUUGGAGUGUCUGAAGUAUCAAAUGGACAACCCUUUUUCACAAAAGGAAGCUUUGGUCACUAUUCAUUCAAUUUGUCAACAAAACAGUAAUGCAGGUGUUUACUUUCGAGAAAUUGGUGGUUUGAUGUUUGUAAGAAAUCUUGCAAAGUCAAGUGAACAUAGCAUGGUAAAAGAAGCAGCCUUAUAUACAUUAGGAGCUGUUGCAGAACAAAAUGUUUACUGUCAGCAGACUUUGUGCACUUCAGAAUUGUUUGAAGACUUAACUUGGUUCUUAUCUAAUAAUGAUUCAAACACAAAUUUGAAAAGAAUGUCUGUCUAUGUCAUAUUGGUGCUGGUUUCAAAUAAUAGGACUGGACAGACACUUGUGAGAGAAACAGGUUGUAUUACAGUUCUGACACAGUUGUUCAGGACAGUUCUUUCAAAAUAUGAGUUGAAUUUGUCAGAUAAAAAUGUUUUCCAGAGUUAUCAGUUAUGGUCUUCAGUGUGUAGUACUUUAUGUGUCUGUGUCAACAAUCCUCAAAAUGAUGAAAAUCAGAUGCUUUGCUGUUCACUUUUUCCACAUGCUAAUGACUGGCUAAUAAAUUGCAUCACACCUGAGGUAAUUCGCCCUGUUUGCUCAUUUAUUGGGCUUACUCUUGCAAAUAACACAUUUGUUCAGAAAUACUUUAUAUCUGUGGGUGGACUGGAUGUAUUGUCUCAAGUUCUUGUGCAACUGGAAUCUGAUUCACACAAGACUGUUUCCAGUGCUAAGCUUGCAGUGGUGGUGACAAAGACAGUGGAUGCGUGUAUUGCUGAUAAUCCUACUUUUGGAGUAAUACUAUCCAAGUAUCAGAUUGUUUCAAAACUUCUGACAUUACUGCUUCAUGAAAGUCUGGAUUCAGGAGAAAAAUUUAGCAUCAUACUUACUCUUGGUCAUUGCACAGAGGAUUGUGAGGAAAAUCAGUAUGACCUUUUUAAAAACAAUGGGCUUCCACUCAUGAUACAAGCCUUAACUGAAUCACAGAGUGAGGAACUAAACAAAGCUGCCACUUUUGUGCUUCACAAUUGCAAAAAAAUUACUGAAAAAUUAUGUCUAAGUCUAGGAGAAUAUUCUUUUGAUGAGAAUGAAAAACAAUUAGAAGACAUAAAUAUGAAAGAGAAGAAUCUUGAAGAGUACUGGAAGAAAGCAAAGGAAAUUCUACACAGAAUAGAACAGCUUGAAAGAGAAGGAAAUGAGGAAAAAAUACAAAGAGAAAAAUACAAGGAUAAUGUUUCAUCUAUGAACAUAAAUAUUGAAAAUACAUUGAAACACCUCCAUGGAGAUAGUAUUGGCAAAGGCCCUGAAGCAGAAGAUAAGGAUAAAAGCCAGUCUAGAAAGCUUCCGAGUUGUAAAUCCCAUGGAAUUCUAACUACAGCGUGUACAAAUGAUCACCAAAUGAAGACCCUGUUAAAGAGUACAGAUCCAUUUGAUGCUUGUUAUAGGGAGAGUGGACAAAAUAAAACUUUAUAUAAAGCCGAUUCAAGCUAUAGUCAAAACUUACAUGAAAGAACAAAUUUUGAAAAAAAGAAUUCUGUUUCUCAAUCAAGUGACCAUGUUUUUAAACCUCCAAUUCCUGUUGUCAAAAAUAGAAAGCAGGAGUUACCAGUAACAGAUCCAUUUACAUUAUGUUCAGAUAUAAUAAAUAAAGAAGUCAUCACUUUUCUAGCAACUGACAGUCAUUCUAAAAUGUUAAAGUAUAGAUGCUCAGGUUGCAUAGCAGUAGGAAAAUCCCUGAAUAGCCGAAAUUUUAGCAAGCUCUUGCACUCUUGCCCAUACCAAUGUGAUCGUCACAAAGUCAUUGUGGAAGCUGAAGACAGAUAUAAAAGUGAACUAAGGAAAUCACUUAUCUGUAACAAAAAAAUUCUGCUGACCCCACGUAGGAGACGACAACUCAGUAGUGAAUCUACUACCUCUGGAGGAAUAAAGAAAAGAAGAAUUCGUAAAAAUUUUACCAAAGAAGAAGUAAAUUACCUUUCCAAUGGAGUUAAGAAAAUGGGAAAUCACUGGAAUUUAAUUUUGUGGUCUUUCCCCUUUCAGCAAGGACGGAAGGCUGUGGAUCUUGCUCACAAAUACCACAAGCUGACCAAAGGCUCCAAGCAUGAAGCUCCUUGAUCAGAAUACUUGUCAGUUUUUAGGUUUAACUAAUAGAAUACAAUGGCUUGAAACACAAUUUAAAAUCUUCUAAACUCUCAUGAAACAGAGAAUGUGAAAACAAUACUGUUUUAAUUAAAUACUUCUUGUGAUUCUGUAUCUCUUUGAAUCAU